ACUCAUGGCAGUGUGUUGCUGAGCAGCAGCCAGUCGUAUUUUUCCCCUCACCGAGCUCACUCUCUCUCUCUCUCUCAUCCUCUGCUCUGACUCUAUCGCGCGCUCUGUGGCUCAGCGGACGGACGAGACCUCUCCUCUCCUGCUCCCCUUCUUCUCUCUCUUCUCUUACUGUUUUUUCUUUAUAUCAUCUUCCUUUAGCCGUUUAUUCUUUAAAAUAUUUUACCCACUUUCUCUCUCCUCAGCCCCCCUGCCUCCCUGUGCCAGGGGCAUUUGUGGGGGUCCAGAAGUGUGUAUGUGUGUGCGUGUGUGAGUGAGUGUGUGUGUGUGUGUGUGUGAGUGUGUGUGUGUGUUGGUGGGUUUCAACAUGGAAGCAGUGGCAUUGUAUACGUUUCGUGCCACUGAGGGCGAUGAACUCAGUUUCAACAAGGGAGACUUGCUCAAGAUCACCAACAUGGAGGAUGAUCCUAACUGGUACACAGCUGAGCUUCACAACAGAAAAGGAUUUGUGCCAAAAAACUACAUCAACUUGAGGCCACACGCCUGGUUUGCCGGUCGUAUAUCUCGCGGUGUGGCGGAAAGCCGACUCAGACACAGGGAGUGUGGAGCUUUUCUGGUCAGAGAGAGUGAAAGCGCUCCUGGAGAGUUCUCCAUGUCCGUCAGUUAUGGGGACCAUGUUCAGCAUUUCAAGGUGCUGCAGGAUCGCUGUUGUCAGUACUACGUGUGGGACGAGCUCUUCUCCUCUCUCAACGAGCUGGUGGACUUCUACCAUAGCAACAGCAUCGCCAAGGAGAGGACGGUCUUUCUGAAAGACCCCGAGCACUUCGCCAGGCGUCCCCAUCACGCGCACGCUCUCUUCGACUUCAACCCCCACCACCCUUCCCAGCUGCGCUUCCUGCGUGGUGAUGUCAUCGAACUCCUUGACUGCUCUGAUUCGCUGCGCUGGAGGGGCCGUUGCCACGGGCACGUAGGCUACUUCCCACCGGAGUAUGUCCAGCCUAUUUACCAAUACCAAUGACCUGAGGUGUCAAACACGAGAGCCAUUCCCGCAGGUUCUUCAAGGAGUCAUCUUGACCCCCCUAACCCUCACACUGCUCCACUGCUCUGCACUUGCCCAUGAAUUUCUGGAGCAGAUGACUGACGCUGCUGCUGAACUGCUCACAUGUUACUGACUCCUCCCAUUUUACUGUGAUGUCAAAUGUCGAUCACAAGCCUCGCCCAGCCAGCUGCUACAGGCUCAUCAAUUGUUUUCCACCUGAUCCCACAACUCCACUCUACUCUUUAAUCAUGUAAAAGAAAAAAAAUCAGAUAUGGACCUAAACACUGUGGAGAACUCAUACACACACACAUACAUAUAGUCAAGCAUAGACAGACAUACUUACACACACAUACUCCCAGGCAUAAUCAUUUUGUACAGCUUAUCAGCACUGGUGCAGGCUAAAUAAAAGCAACACACACACACACAUACACACUAACCUGAUGGG